UCUAUGCGGUUAAUUUCUUGCUCUCGUGCAUGGGAAUCUAACCGGUAGUUUCAAUAUACUCACUCGUAGCAUUUCCCGAACCAAGGUUUUUGAGAACAUGCUCCGGCCAGAGCGUGGUGAAUGAAUCAUACGUCAAGAAGCGCAAAACUACUAACGAUUCCAAGACUUACGGUUCGGUAAUAGCGAGUGGAGGAAAAUUAUGGAACUGCUAGCGCUUCAGAGACAUAACUUGACCAUGACGAGUCAGGGUGACACCACACUAAUCGAGUGGCAUCGCUAGCUAGUUUAGAAUCGGUGCAUCAUCUUUCGCUGAGACGGACAUAGGAAACUAAAACUGCGACUAAAAUCGUGUGUUGCAGCGAGAGCAGCAGCAGCAGCAGCAGCAGCAGCAGCGAGGCAGUGCCAUCAGCAGCAUGGGUUCGAUCAUGUGCUGCGCUAGCAGUGAGGAGGAUCACAUCAAAGCAAAUCUGCAGAGACCGAACGCCGAGUACGACUCGAUAGCGACGUGGAACAACGAGACGGCCUGCAGCACGACGUUGGCGGUACCGGACAGUAGCACUCACAACAACAGCCACACACCGCGGAGCGCCGUGGUCGUAGUCGUGUCCGAGCCGAGCAGUGAUGAGUCGACGCAGGCAAACGGCGACGUAAAGAUGAACUCUGGCGCCGCUGCCGCAGCCACGGCGCCGCUGGCCAGCCCAGACUCUGCCAACAGUUUAAAGUCCGUGGAGGACUCAGGCAGAGAGUAUGCCAAACCCUCAGAUAACUGUGACAGAUUGCCAUCUAUCGAGCAGUCCCCACAGAAGAAGGUUGGAGGAAACCAAUCGACCGCAGGGCGCACCGAGUGCAAAAGCAGGAAUGUCGACGAGCCGGAUGUCCGCUCCGAUGAUGUGAACGCCGCGCGGUCACGUGGUAUCGUUGCCAGGGAUGACACACUGACCAGCGUCACUGGCCAGAUGACGUUCCAGAGCUCAUUCGGCGAUGACGCGGCGACGCUGUGCGACGAGGCAGACGCAGAUAAUGACGCUGACGUGUCCCUCCGCGCCGACAACUUCGAGUUGACGAUUACGGACGAUGUUGACGCAACGAUGGCGACCGACGACGAUGACGAUGCCGACUCCGGGAUGAACUUCACCGUGAGCAAGAACUACGCGCAGCAGGGCGAGGACGAUGGCGAUGACGAUGAGCGUCGGCUGGACGAUAUCAGCGACUACUCGCCGACGUACCCGACGUUCGGCAACCAGACCGAGUACAUGCCUGGCUUCCACAGCUACUGCUACGCGCAUGCCUACCACGACCGCGCCGCGUCGCCCCACCUCGCCGUUGAGUGGCGCCACCAGGCCCAGUCGGAUACGCAGCUGGCACGGCGGUGUCGGGACGGCGAGAGAGAGGAGGCGGGAGCGGGGGGUCGGCACAUGCACCGCACGCGGGAGGUCGAGAGAUUGCCGGCAUUACCCGACGACAUCUCGCCGUACGAGGCCGAGGAAGGGGAAAGGUCGAUAGCAGCGGCUGUCGCCGCCGACGCAGCGAGGGCGUGCCAGCGCGCCUCGGAAUCCUGAACUGUGAUAGUGCGUGUCGGCCAUGUUGAUAUUGCGUCAGAGAAGUCGAUACCGCGUCGGAAACGUUAAUAUUGCGUCGGAGACGUCGGCAUUUCCCCUCGGCACAUUUAGUACUGCGUCGGGCGUAUAAGUACUGCGUUUGAAACGUUUGUGCUGCGUCGGCAAUUUUAGUACUGCAUCAGCAAUGUUUAUUCUACGUCAGAAAUACAGGUACUGCGACAGCUGUAUAACGAGAUUGCGCCGGCAGAUGGCACGUUUACGUUCAUAUCGGUACUGCGACAGCCAUAUUUGUACCACAUCACGAUGUUUGACACUCAAUUGUUUGAGGUUUAGUAAGCAUAGAGGUUGGUGGGCAUUUGCCGAGAACACGAAACUCAACAAUGCUCUCGUCCUUGCCACAGGAAGACACCAGAGUGUGCAUACCCAUGAGUGUGGCGUUGUUAUCGCCAGAUGGCGAUACAUGUAUUUAGUGGACGAAUAUUGGAGCCGGUCAGCUGAUUUUGCGUGGAUUUUACGAUGUCAGAAUGGAGAGCUGCGAACAGCUUGGAGCAAAUGAGGCAGAGGAAUGUAUAUAAAGUGUUUACCCACAGUGAUAUAACGCUUUAAGGCGAUGGAAUGUAAUAUAAAUCGGAAUGGCAUACAUUUUAUCUGUUUAUGUCAGAAAACGUGACAGUCGGUUGUUAUAGGGUUGUGUCAUAAAACCGAGUUAAUCAAAUGUUUAACGUUGCGUAACUUUUACGGCGCUACACGAAACACGCAUCUAGGUAAACGAUUGUCGUUAAGGGAGUAAGAAUUAAACUGGAUCUGGAAUAGACUUCUUCGUCGAAAUUGUAAUGGCUGCAUGCCUAUGCCUGCUUGCCUGCCUCGCUAAUUCGACAUUAUUUUAUAAGAUUCGUGGCAAGCUAGUUUUGAAAAGAUAAUAAACGGUUUGAUGAGUUUUAAAGAUUACAAACAAUUUCGGGAUUUCAACUGAGUUUAACACGCGCAUGCGCAGUCGCGGUCCGUGUUUGCGUUCCGUUCCAAUAACAGUGUUUGCACGCUGAAUAAAUGCGCUCUUGCGUGAAUCACACCGGGAUGUUA